AUGUCAUCCCGGGAGAUGGUUCUUGCACGUACGGCCACGACCGAGAGAAACAACUGCCCAGUGUUUGAGUCUUCCGAAUGUAGGGGUACUGGCUUCAACGUCACAUUGAGCUCCGCAUUCAGUAACCUGUUCGUUUCCAAUCUUGAUACAACCACCACAGUCUUGGCGAUCAUGUUCUCGCCAAGUCCCGUCUUGCUCAUUUACCUGCACGGCGUCCACCGGUUCUCUCCAGCGGCCCGUCUGCAAGAUCCCGCUCGGGUCAUCCGCACAUGCCGACGGAUGCAGGGCGUGCUGGCUCCCGAGAUUUCCGGCAUUGCCUGCGAACCCGAUUCUAGCCGUCUCGGUGUAACCACACUCGCAUACAUGUAUGGCGCUCUGAAAGAUGACACUGCUGAGUCCAGAGGACUGGUCGGUGGCAGGACAAUAUCUGCAGACGAGACUGUGUUACGUGUACCUUGGAUCCGACUCGUAGAAGAUGAGGAUGGGUCGAAUUAUGCAGGGCCAAGAUACCGAAAAAUCAUGGCAUGCUGUAGGAUUAUCCCGAUUGAGACGUAG